ACCAGCGCCCGAAAUUUUGUCGAAUAAGUUAUUUGGUCGGUUUGCAUCUUGUUUUCAGACAUUGUCAGUCACGCACGAGGCUUUGUCUGAUAACAGUGUCGCUGUUCUCCGCGUUUGCGCUGGUUCCCGCUAGAGUACGCUAGCUACUAGUAGAGCCAUGGGUGGUGUUCUGUGGUAGAGUCUAGUACACUCUACCUACUACUCAUCGGCAACGUUCUUUAUUCUGCGAGUGCCACUGUUGGUUACACGUGCUUCGAUACCCCCGGUUACCUGGUUGCCUCCGGUAUUGUUCAUUUUGUACACUCUCCGUACGCUGCGUAACACUGCGGGUGAACGCUUUGGACGUUGAACUGGUUUUCGGGGCCGCUGAGCGUGUUGAUUGUGUACACAUCGGAGUGAGCGUUGCCCUGCCUGCUUCCGUGCUUUCUCUCCGUUAUAAAGGCGCCACUCGCAAGGCACGAUGGACGGCUGGGUAUACACGCUGACCGGGUUCGGCGACUUCUUCGAGCUGCGAAAGGUCACGUUCGCCGAGCCGAUGCCGGAAUCCAGGGUAUGCAGCCUCUGCGGUGUCCUGCCUUCCCUCACUCACAUUAUUCCGUGCGGCCACGUUCUGUGCGAACUCUGCUUGGCGCAGAUCGCCAAGUCCCGGGGCUGCCCUUUCGACGGGGAGAAAUUCUCGCUCGCCGACGUUCGCUCGAUCAGCUUCAAGCGUUCCGAGCUCGAGCAGUGCCGCGUCUUCUGCUGCGCGGGAGGUGGCGGCUACGAGUGCGGCUUUGCAGGCCAGCUGUCCCAACUGAGGAAUCACCUGUCCCAGUGCGGUAGCGGCAACGCCAAGUGCGGCAAGUGCCUUCGACCCGUAGUUCGUGGACUCUCGCUGCAACACUGUCUGCAAUGCUCGGGCGAUAGCGUUACUCGGGAGGCGGUGGUGGUGCGUAGUACUACCGACAGACGACUCGCUAGCGUCAAUAGCAACGUCGAUGGAGGUCGCUGGCGAGAAGAGACGCCGAGCUGGAACGUCGGCCCCGACGCCGCCGCUAACGGCGCGAACGCCUUAACUGAAAGAGUGGCCGACCUGGAACGCGAGUUGCACGACGUGCGGAAAAGGUGUCACGGUAGAGUCAACGAACGAAGCUCGUCGUCGUUUCGAGCUUCGAAGAGGAGGGCGUCUUUGACGGUAAUCCCGGGACCGUACCGCGCAGCUUCGCGACCCGGCGUCCUGAUCACGACGUGCAAGUUCGCCGACAUUUACGUUGGGCACGAGUCGCUGAAGGAGGGCGAGGAUGAACUGAGGAAAUCGAGCGACACGUACACGCUGGGCGGUUACACGUUCCGACUGAACUGCCAGUUCUCCAAGGAAAAGCACGGGAAGAGCGUGCGUUUCAUUCUCCACUUGCGCGACGGCGAAUGGGACGGUUACGUGGAGUGGCCUUUCAGCAAGAAGGUGACCUUGAUCAUCAUGCAUCCGAGGGAUGCCGAGAGGGACGUCCGCCUGCCGCUGCCCAUGGACGAACACAGGAUGGUGAAGAAACCUCAGGCCGGCGCUUGGAACUGGGGACAAUGGACGGCCAAGAUAAAGUGGGAGAACAUUGAACUGCGAGGCUUUGUCGACAAGGAUACCCUGUACGUCAACGUCGAGUUCGACUAAUCCGCUUAGUUUGUCUCAGAUUUAUUUUUGCGCGCCCGCUAACAAGUUUGUUGGGCGUUAUUUUCGCAAGGGCGUGGAAUGCCCUUCAUUGGGAUGUUUAGUUUUCGCUUAACGUGGGCGAGAUAGAUGUGAUCACCGUUACUAUGAUGUGUCGGACUCGUAUAUCCGAGUGUGUUUCAGUAUGUUCCGAACAUUGCUGUUCGUCUUGUAUAUUUGGGUGUUUUCGAAGUAUGCCGAAUACAGGCUUCUUUGCGCUUGAAAGCGAAUAAAACGUUGAGAAGGACCGUUUCCGUGUCUGCGUUGGUAGCAAAACUCGUUUCCUUACAGCAUGGCAACGCGACAUUUCAAUUUCCCCUAGUGCCUCAAAUAACGAAGAAAUUGAGAAAUUAUUGUAGUACGACGCACCCUACAACUUCAAAUGUAUAACCAAAAUUUGCAAUGGUGCAUGGUGAGGGAUCCUUUAAACAGUAUUGAGAUGACAUAAAAUGCACGUGGGUACUUGGAUUUUCGACAUUCAUAAGCUGAUCAAUGAAACAAUUUAUUCCGAAAAACGCGAAGUCGCGGAGAGGUCCGUGACGGAAGCUUCGC